GCGGCGAGCAGGCGGAGCAGCCACCACUCGUACACAGAGUCACACACCCACUUGAUCAGGGCGAGAGUGGAGAAACGUCAACCCCGUCCCCAUCCGGCUGCUUGACUCCCGCCCGUUGCCCGCUUGCCCCCCGAACAGCGCCGCCGGCGGUCGAGCAUGGCGACGAGCGUGACGGGAUCGCCGGUUCCUUCUCCACGGGAGGUACUGUACGCGGUCGCGGCCGCGGCCAUCGCGUGGUGCGCCGUGCGGGCGCUGGAGUGGGCGUGGUGGAGGCCCCGCCGCCUGGACCGGGCGCUGCGGUCGCAGGGCCUCCGCGGCACGGCGUACCGGCCGGUGGCCGGCGACGUGCAGCUGAGCCAGCGGCUCAACAAGGAGGCGAGGUCCCGGACCAUGCCGCAGGGCUGCCACGACGUCGUGCCGCGGGCGAUGCCGCUCCUCCACCAGGCCGCCAAGGAGCACGGUAAAAUGUCCUUCACCUGGCUUGGACCGGUGCCUAGAGUGACCAUCACCAAGCCUGAGCUGGUGCGCGAAGUUCUGUCCAACAAGUCCGGCCACUCAGAGAAGCUCAACCUCGGCCGACUCCAGAGGAUGCUUCACAACGGCGUGGGUGGCCACGAGGGCGAGAAGUGGGCAAAGCACAGGAGGAUCAUCAACCCCGCCUUCCAUCUGGAAAAGCUCAAGCGCAUGCUGCCGGCUUUCGCCGCGUGUAGCACGGAGCUGGUAUGCCGAUGGGAAGGUUUAGCCGCAGGGGAUGCCCCGUGCGAGGUGGAUGUUUGGCCCGAGAUGCAGAGCCUGACGGGAGACGUCAUCUCCCGCGCCGCGUUCGGCAGCAGCUACCUCGAAGGAAGGAGGAUCUUCCAGCUUCAGCGGGAGCAGAUCGAGCUCGCCAUGUUUGCCAUGAGCAAGAUGCACAUUCCUGGUUACUUGUUCUUGCCUACCAAAGCCAACCGAAGGAUGAGGCAGAUCGCCGCGGAGAUCGGGAGGAUCCUGAAAGGCAUCAUCGUCAAGAGGGAGAACGCCCUGAGAGCCGGCGAAGCCACGAGCGACGACCUUCUCGGGCUGCUGCUGGAGUCGAACAUGGCGCACGGCAGGGGAGAUGGCAUCACGACCGACGACGUGGUCGGGGAGUGCAAGCUGUUCUACUUUGCUGGCAUGGAGACCACGGCGGUGCUGCUCACGUGGACGAUGGUCGUGCUCUGCAUGCACCCGGAGUGGCAGGACCGUGCUAGGGAGGAGGUCACGCAGGUCUUCUCCGCCGGCACUACUCCAGAUUACGAUGGCUUAGGGCGCCUGAAAACCGUGACCAUGGUGCUUUACGAGGUGCUGCGGUUGUACACGCCGCUGACGGCGCUCCAGCGCAAGACGUGCAAGCCGAUGGACCUCGGGGGCGUCAGGUACCCGGCGGGCGUGGUUCUCAUGCUGCCGCUGCUGUGCGUCCACCACGACAAGGAGGUCUGGGGCGCGGAUGCCGACGAGUUCAGGCCCGAGAGGUUCGCCGAGGGGAUCUCCAAGGCGUCGGCGGAUGCGCCGGCGUUCUUCCCGUUCGGGUGGGGCCCGCGGACUUGCGUCGGCCAGAGCUUCGCGCUGCUCGAGGCCAAGAUGGGGCUCGCCAUGAUCCUGCGGCGCUUCUCCUUGGAGCUCUCGCCGUCCUACGCGCACGCGCCCUUCCCCGUCGGCAUGCUGCAGCCAGAGCACGGCGCGCAAAUCAGGCUCAAGAGGCUCCACUGAGAUGCAUAUUACAAAAUCGAUAGGCUGUUCAUUGUCAAAAAUAAAUCGGAUUAGUUAAAACACAUCUAUAUUUCGUCUAUAUACAUCCGUAUGUGAUAGUCUAUUUGAAAUCUUUAAAAAGACUUUUAUUUAAAAAAACGGAGGGAGUAUA